CCUGCUCUCUUGGUGUGUCCUUGUUGGCUGCACAGCUAGCUUGUUGAGCUGUGUCAGAUGUAAAAAUGAAAUAGUUUUUUGAAAAGCAAAUACAAUAUUAUAGGUAUUUAUUCACGCUUGCGCAUGAUGAUGUUACGAGCUGGGAAUAUAGUCGCCUGCACGGCGUGCAGAAAUCUGGCGUUGAGCAGCGUGAGAGUUCGAUUCCGAAUGCCACUUCAGAAGCUGCAGCCGCUGUCUCAUGCCGUCCACCAUCGGUACUCAUCCGGUUCCAACCCUCCUCGGCCCCCGCGCUGCCCGGCGGCUCGGCAGUUCACCAGCCUGUCCAGGCUGCCUCCCCGUGGCCAGCGCUCUCAACACGGAGGCCACCAUUACCAGCAGCGCCGCACAUUCUGGGUUGCCCGGCUAGCCGCCAGGCUCCUUAAGCUGCGCUACAUCUUGCUGGGCUCGGCUGUGGGCGGAGGGUACACGGCCAAAAAGACGUAUGAUGAGUGGAAAGACAUGCUGCCUGAUCUCAGUGAAUAUACAUGGAUAGUGCCUGAUUUCAUCUGGGAGCUGAAUGAACAUAUCAACUUGGAGAAAAUUGCCAGUGUUCUCCCAGACACUGAGGAACUGGCCAAGCUGCUGCCUGACCUGGAGAAGAUUGGAGAGAAUUUCACAUUCCUCAGGAGUCUCCUGUCAAACGGUGUUUAUUUGGGUAGUGAAGUCAAAGGAGCUUCUGGCCUGCAUCUGUUGUUAGAAUCAUCUGGAGAACCAACAUUCAAAGCCAUGGAGAACCAGGGAUCAGAUACCAGUGAUAAACAGUUUAAAAAGGACCUGCUCAGGGAGCUCGUUCUCAUUCAGCAACAGAUUCAACAACACGAGGAGGAAGCGCACAGGGCCACAGCCAGUAGCUCCGGUCCGAACCCCAGCCCCUCGCAGCACAAGCGCAAGGCCACAGAUAAAGAGAAGAUUGACCAGCUUCAAGAGGAACUUGUCCGGACUCAGAUAAAGUACCAGCGCAUGCUGGAGCGCCUCGAGAAGGAGAACAAGGAGCUCCGCAAGGUGGUCCUGCAGAAGGAUGACAAGGGCAUUCAUCAGAGAAAGGUCAAGAAGUCCCUCAUUGACAUGUACUCAGAAGUCUUAGACAUCCUCUCUGACUAUGACUCCAACUACAACACCCAGGACCACCUGCCAAGAGUGGUUGUUGUGGGGGACCAGAGUGCCGGCAAGACCAGUGUACUAGAGAUGAUCGCACAGGCCCGGAUUUUCCCACGGGGUUCUGGGGAGAUGAUGACUCGGUCCCCUGUCAAGGUUACACUGAGUGAAGGACCUCACCACGUCGCCAUGUUUAAGGACAGCACACGUGAAUUUGACUUGGGCAAAGAAGAAGAUCUUGCAGCACUGCGCCACGAGAUCGAGCUCAGGAUGCGCAAGAGUGUCAGGGAGGGGCAGACAGUCAGCCCCGAGACCAUCUCCCUGAGCGUGAAGGGUCCAGGAAUCCAGAGGAUGGUGCUUGUGGACUUGCCAGGAGUGAUCAGUACUGUAACCACUGGGAUGGCCGCUGACACCAAGGAGACCAUCUUCAGCAUCAGCAAGGCUUACAUGCAGAACCCAAAUGCCAUCAUCCUGUGCAUUCAAGAUGGCUCGGUGGAUGCUGAGCGCAGCAUUGUCACAGACCUGGUCAGUCAGAUGGACCCCCAAGGGAAGAGGACCAUAUUUGUCCUGACCAAGGUGGACCUGGCUGAGAAGAACCUGGCCAGCCCCAGCAGGAUUCAGCAAAUAGUGGAAGGAAAGCUCUUCCCCAUGAAGGCUUUGGGAUACUUCGCUGUGGUGACAGGGAAAGGAAGCAGCAACGAAAGCAUUGAAGCCAUAAAAGAUUACGAAGAGGAAUUUUUCCAGAGCUCCAACCUACUGAAAACGGGAAUGCUGAAAGCACAUCAGGUGACCACCAAGAACCUGAGCCUGGCCGUGUCUGACUGCUUCUGGAAGAUGGUGCGCGAGUCAGUGGAGCAGCAAGCGGACGCCUUUAAAGCCUCCCGCUUCAACCUGGAGACUGAGUGGAAGAACAAUUAUCCGCGCCUGCGAGAGCUCGACAGGAAUGAACUCUUUGAAAAAGCCAAAAACGAAAUAUUGGAUGAAGUGAUCAGCUUGAGUCAAGUGACGCCAAAACACUGGGAAUCCAUCUUGCAGAAGAAGCUGUGGGAGCGUGUCUCCACCCACGUCAUUGAGAACAUCUACCUGCCAGCUGCCCAAACCAUGGAUUCAGGAACCUUCAACACCACUGUGGAUAUCAAGCUCAAGCAAUGGACAGACAAGCAGCUACCACACAAGGCCCUGGAGGUAGCCUGGGAGACCCUGCAGGAGGAGUUUGCACGCUUCAUGGCGGAGUAUAAGGGGAAGGACCAGGAUGACAUCUUUGACAAGUUGAAGGAGGCGGUGAAGGAUGAGAGCAUCAAGCGCCACAAGUGGAACGAGCGUGCCUUGGACAGCCUGAGGGUGAUCCAGCACAAUGCCCUGGAGGACCGUUCCAUUACGGACAAGCCCCAGUGGGAUGCCGCCAUCCAGUUUAUGGAGGAGACGCUCCAGGCUCGCCUUAAAGACACCGAUUCGGUCAUCACAGACAUGGUGGGUCCUGACUGGAAACAGAGGUGGCUCAACUGGACGAACCGCACCUCAGAACAGCACAUCCGAAACGAAACCAAAAAUGAGCUGGAGCGUCUCCUGAAGCUGCACGAGGACCAUACCGCAUACCUGGCAAAUGAUGAGGUCACCACCGUGCGCAAGAACCUCGAGGCCAAAGGGGUGGAGGUGGACCCCGUCCUGAUCAAGGACACGUGGCACCAGCUGUACCGGCGGCACUUCCUGCAGAAAGCCCUGUUCCACUGCAACCUGUGCAGAAGAGGCUUCUACUACUACCAGAGGCACUUUGUGGACUCCGAGCUGGAGUGCAACGAUGUGGUCUUGUUCUGGCGGAUCCAGAGAAUGCUGGGAAUUACGGCUAACACGCUGAGGCAGCAGCUCACCAACACUGAAGUGCGGCGCCUGGAGAAAAACGUCAAGGAGGUUCUUGAGGAUUUUGCCGAGGACAAUGAAAAGAAGGUCCAGCUGAUCACGGGCAGGAGAGUGCAGCUUGCCGAGGACCUCAAAAAGGUCAGAGAAAUUCAGGAAAAGCUUGAAGCCUUUAUAGAAGCUCUGCACAAGGAGAAAUAGUGCAGCAGACCCCUGGGGCACAAACCGCACGGAAACCACUGGAAAACGCACUGAGCAAAGGAGAGCCUUCCUCUGUAAAUGACUGCCUGCUUCUUCACCCCGGCCCCCAUCCGAUUUUAACGUUUGUGGCUUAGCUUAGUGAGAGUGAAUCCAGUAAGGGAUCGGUUUACCAUUUAAAAAAGAGCUUCGCUGUAUUCAAAGGAGACGAGUGGAAACCGUGUACUUUGCUGCAGUUUAUCGGUGUUUCUUUGUUGUGUGUGCUCAAUUCAGAGCGGGUUUCUGAUCGCAGUUCGCCCAUUUAUUUAUUAAAAGUGCUCGGUGUGUCACUUGAACUCUCUUUAGUUCUGCAUCUCAGAAGCUGGCAUCACUUUAGGGCUCAGGAAAAGGCAAAGUAUCACCUUCCCAGCGAACAUUUCUCCAGGGCUAUGUUUGUCUUCCCGUUGUGUGAGGGAGAACGUGCCCUUAGCGUGCAUCGCGUGUGUGAUGGAUGAUGCGGCUGGGGCAGCAAGCGGCCCCCUGGCCCGAGGUGUAAAGCUGGACCUCGUGUGCGACCGGCACUCGCACGAGCUCCGCUUGAAGAGCAACAGAACUUGAGUCAGUAUUCGGUUUCCUCCCUCUUCUGUGUGUACAGCCAUUAAACAUCAUUAUAUGUGUAAGUGCAAAAUGAGUCUCUUGAUUGGUGAUUCUCUGUACAUAUGUGAAUGGGGUUUAUUUCAGAUGUAAAUGUCUUAAACCAAGAAAACACCUCUGUACAGCACUGGUUUGAAAUGUAAUGUCGAUGUCAUCUAGUGCACAGCUAUUCAGAUAGCGGAGUUGUGUGUUCGUGUUUUGAACGUUGGGCGCGAAAGUGGCGUCUUUGAUUAACUACGGCGCCGACAGGCGAACGGCGCGUUCGCCGAGUUCCGCGGGCUGGACGGGUGCGGCAGGUGGCCGCGGCGUUUCAGAUUCUCUGCAUGUGUUUGUUUUUCUCAAGGUUUGCGACCGACGCCCCGUCACAGACGGCCAAAGACCCUGCUUGCCCUACCCCCGCGACUCAGGUUUCCUUUAAAACACCUGUGCUUGCAUCGCCACUCGGCCCGACGGGGUGUAAACACCACAAGGGGUAUGGUAAUAUCACGGUAACUGCAAAUGCUGAGUCCUCCCUCCACACCCUCCUGCCUGUCCAAACCAGAGGACAGUGCCGUAAAUCCUUAUAUUGCUUUCUUUUAAAACGCUUGGCCCCCCGCCAUCAGCGCGCGUGCACACACACACACACACACACACACACACUCUCUCUCUAUAUAGAUUCCCCUUCUCCUAACAAGUCUCAGCCAUCUGUGUGGUUCUCUUGUUUGUGAAAAGAGCGACGAUCACACCUCCCCGCCGAUCACUUGGGUUAGGGUUAAUACCUCUAGUUAGUAAUACCAAGGUGGGGUUUAGCUGGGUAGUGACCGUUACUGUCAGUUAGUGAAAGACAGGCUAAUGGAAACAUCAGGUUAAUUGUUUUUAAAAUUGACAGGAAGUGAAUUUCAGCCGCUGAACAUUAUUGCUGGGCUUUUACUGAGGGGCCCAUUUGUGGAAUAGGGAGGAAUUCUGAAUGCUGAAGCACUGCUGUUCCACAGGUUUAUUUCUUCCUUCUCUCUUAAUGCAAAAGUUGGUUGUUUUUCGUAAGGCCUUGCAUGAUGUUCGUCAUCACGUACAAAUAUUUAUUGAAUCCGAUUCUGUCUAAGGUCUGGAAAAAGGCUCAUUAAUAAAAUGUCAUUUUUCAUGAGUCAAGAAAAGGGAGAUUUUCUUAAGGCAUUUUUUUUUUCCCCCUCUUUUAUGUGACCUCCCCCGCCAUGUCUUGCACACCGUUCUCGUGGCACCACUGUCACCUUGUACCAGUGUUUGAGCAUUGUGCAAACUGUACAGGUGUGUGCACAUUGUGUAUGCGUGGUGCAGAGCUCUGUGUGUCAUGUCUCUUUUGUACUGAUGGCUCUCACUGAACUCAUAAAAUGCGCUGACUUCUCUUGAGUUUCCUGGUGCCUCA